CUGAUUUUCAUUCUGCUUAACAGUCUCUCAAGAUGAAGUCAGAACUUCUGCUGGUGUUGGCUUUGUCUCUCUGUGUGAGCAGUAAACCCCUGUCUGAAAGCAAGACAUAUAAUAAGUUGUUGCUGAUCUCUUUUGAUGGUUUCAGGUGGGAUUACGACCAAGAUGUGGACACACCAAAUCUGGACAAGCUUGUUAAAGAGGGAGUGAAGGCAAAGUACAUUAAUCCCCCAGCGAUCACCAUGACAUCUCCAUCACACUUUACAACCAUUACUGGGAGAUGGAUAGAGGAUCAUGGUGUGGUCCAUAACUUGAUGUUCAAUGUUACAACUGGGUUGAGACUUACCCAUAAGGCAACGCUUAAAAAAUCAGAAUGGUGGGAUAAUGGUGCUUUGCCACUGUGGAUAACAGCCCAGAAUCAGGGUCUGAAAACAGCAUCUUUUUUCUAUCCUGGAGGAGGAGCAAAAUACAGUGGGCAAGCUGUGGAUCGUUCCCUGGUGGACGAUCAUGGUCAACCUGAUGACAAUGAAACAGAUUGGCGGCAGAACAUAGACACUGUUAUGGGAUGGUUCGCCAAAGAGAACUUUGACUUUGUUACUCUGUACUAUGGAGAACCAGACAAUGUGGGUCAUACUGAUGGCCCCGAAACUCAAGCGAGAAAAAAGAUCAUUGAACAGAUCGACCGCACUAUUGGCUACCUCAGGGAGGCAAUUGACAAUGCUGGUUUGACUGAUCAUCUUAACGUCAUCCUGACCUCAGACCAUGGCAUGACCACUAUCAAAAAGGCCACUGAGGUUAAUGAGAUAAAACUUAGCAAUUACAUGAGUUUCUUAAAUCUAUCCCGCUUUGACCUGCUCGACUAUGGUGGGUUUGGGAUGAUCACACCUAAAGAGGGCAAAGAACAGGAAGUUUAUAAUGCCCUGAAGAAUAUGCAUCCCAAUCUGACGGUCUAUAAGCAAGAAGAGAUUCCUGAAAACUUUCACAUAGGAAAACAUGAGAGAAUUCAACCUAUAGUUCUUCUGGCAGACCUGGGGUUCAAUAUCAACUCUAGGAUUAUUUUGGAUAUCAACAAAGGAGAUCAUGGAUUCAGUAAUGAGGAAAUGGAUAUGAAAAUGAUCUUUCGAGCCUUUGGACCAGACUUUAAGAAUGAUUUCUUGGCUGAGCCUUUUGACAGUGUCAGCAUCUAUCCGUUGAUGUGUAAGAUUUUGGGUGUGGUUCCAGAAGCCAACAAUGGAAGUCUCAGUGACACCAAAGGCAUGCUAGUGGAUAACUUUGAUGUUGGUGGUAGCAGUGGAAAAAUCCAGGUGUCUUUUACUCUUCUGAUACUAAUGAUAGUUAUUUUAACCUUCAUUUAAAGAGACUGAACAAACUACUUGUCAAUAACAACCAGCAAACGCUGAAUGCAUUUAAACAGUGUAAUCACCUAAAUGACUAUUAAAGAGUAUUGUUUUCUUCUUUCAA